AUGAAAAGAAGACCGAAAACUUACCGACUUUUUAAGAAAAAAGUGCUUGGAAAACCUUUUCUGUUGAUUCUUGUUGUUGUAUUUGUUCUAGUUACAUUCAUACUUCGAUCAAUUUCCAAGACGACUCGAGAUAACUAUAUCGAUAAAAGGAAUAACUGUCAAUGUUUAUCUAGCAAAACAGGAGAGUUCCAUGAAUUUUGCUAUCAAGAUCCACAAAACUCUAGUGCCGUUGGAAAACAAUUCAACUGUGUUCAUUUAGAGGCUUUGGAGAACUUGAAUGUGCUUGGUGACAACAAACGAAGUUUUAAUCUCUCUGAAUCAAUCAAAAACGAAAGUCACGUCGUCUUCGUUUCGGCAACUUCAGAUGAUCACUUCGACUUCAGCAUGAGCUCUUUCAAAUGCAUUCGCCAAUACUAUCCGGAUCACAAAUAUAUUCUUUACGGAUUGGAUUUGAGUUCUAACUUUACUGAUCAACUUCCUGAUGAUCCCAAUUUUGAGUUUCGAGUAUUCGACGCAUCUCCCUAUCCAGAUUUCGUCAAAAACUGGAAGAAUUAUCAUUUUAAGGGACUUGUUUUGGCAGAAGCAGUGAAAGAAUUUCCAGUUAUUUGGUGGAUAGAUGCAAAUAUUGCUUUGAGGAAACCAAAUAUUAUCAAAAACUUGUUUUCUGAAAUUCUAGAAUAUCGGUUAUCUGGCAACUUCUCAUCGAUUAUCUCUUUUCGUCCAACUGAUCAUAGUAACUUCGCAGUUUUGAAUCCAGAUCUACUCAAUUACUUCCCUUCAAACGACCAAUUGCUUCAAAAAUUCAGCCAAGUAGGAUCUGGUAUUUUGUAUGUGGCAAGAACGGAGUUCACAUUGAAAAUCUUGAAAUGGUGA